UAAAUAGGCACUGCACUCAGCUGUUUGGUAUCAGUUAGCCAUUGGCUUCAAACAGUGUUACUAAACAGUAAUAUUUCAGCUUUUGCAAAUAAACUUUAAAUUUUAAAUUCAAAAUGCAAAUCAUCUCGUGUAUCGCCCUCACCGCUGCCGCACUCUUUGGUGUCGCCUCCGCAGGAUAUAUUCCACAUGGACACGCUACCAGUUACGCCUCGCAUGUACAGCACACUGAUGGCCACCACGGCUAUGGCAGCCACGACAACUACUUGGCAUAUGCUGGACAUGGUUAUGCUCACCACGAUCUGCACGAUCACCACUACGAACAUCAUGAACCUCACCACUACCCCAAAUACGCCUUCGAUUACGGUGUAAAGGACACACAUACCGGUGAUCACAAGAGCCAAUGGGAGCAACGUGAUGGCGAUCAUGUCAAGGGCGGAUAUACCGUGGAGGAAGCUGAUGGCACAACUCGCGUUGUUGAAUACACCGCCGAUGAUCAUAAUGGCUUCAACGCUGUUGUCAAGAAGAUCGGUCAUGCCCACCAUCCUCAGGCCUACCACCAUGGCGCUUAUGGUUAUGAUCAUGGUCAUGCUGGCAGCUACGUUGAGAUCAAGCAACACCACUAAGCGUAACCUCUGGCGAACUCAAGCGAAUUUAACGGAAAUAUUUUUGAAAUGAAACCCUCUUGUUGUGACUAGAAAUUGUUUUAUAUUAUAUGUGUAU